AUGAGAAAACACACCUGUGACGUGGUCGUUGUUGGAGCUGGACUAAGCGGUUUAACAGCUGCUAGACUGCUCCAUAAACAUGACUUAGACGUGGCUGUUGUGGAGGCCUCUGAUCGAGUUGGGGGCAGGGCGUACACCUUGGAGAAUGCAGAAAUGGGCAUGAUAUCAGACCAGGGUGCCACCCGCUGUGGGCCAGCCAUGUCCACGUUAUGGCAGCUGAUAAAGGAUGUUGGGGUGAAGGUCUGGCAGCAGAAACCUACCCAAAUGGUGUAUGUCACAGAGAACAGUGUGUCCAGAUUCACCCCCACAUCGCUUCCCACAUGGAACCCUCUGGUUAGACUGGACCAUUAUAACAUCUUCAGUACCAUGGACAGGCUGGCUAACCAGGUUCCCCCAGAAGAGCCCUGGGAGGCUCCAUCAGCACAGGAAUGGGACUCCUGCACCAUGAAGGACUUCUUUGACAGGACUGUAUGGUUCAAGUCUGUGCGGAGGAUCACAGAUGCGUUUGUCAGUAUGCUGGCAUGUGCAGAGCCAGAGGAAGUGUCCAUGUUGUGGUUCCUGUGGUUGAUGGGACAGACAGGAGGGGGGAGGUUUGCCACACUGGUCAACUCAAAUCCGCCUCAGUACAGGGUAAGCGGAGGCAUGCAGCAACUUUACAAGAUCCUGGUGGAACAGCUGGGGGACAGGGUGACCUUGAACUGUCCUGUCACCAAGGUUGAGAAUGUAGAGGAUGGAGUUCUGGUGACAGGCGACGGAGCUACUUGGGAGGCUAAAGCUGUAGUCCUGGCUGUCCCUCCUCCAUGUUACAGUAAGAUUAGCCUCUCCCCAGCCUUGCCUGAGGCCUUCCACCACUUCACCAUGGGCCAUGCCUACAAAUGCACUCUGUACUACAAGACUAACUUCUGGGGAAAUGGAGAUACAUUCAUGCGGCUGUAUUCAGACUAUCCUGAUUGCCUUGCUGUGAAUGCCUUUGACGACACCGUUCCUGGCAACAAGUAUCCAGCAUUGACAGCGUUAAUAACAGGUAGAAAGGCCAUUGAAGCAAGCCAGACGAGUAAGGAGCAAAGGAAAGAUUCUAUCUGCAAAUGUUUGGCCAAAGCCUUUUCUUCUGAAGAAGCCAUGCAGCCUUUGGAUUAUGUGGAGAUGAACUGGAAUGAGGAGGAGUACAUUGGAGGUGGUUUCUCUGCAUAUUACCCUCCUGGUGUCCUCACCCGCUACAAGACCUUAGGACGGUGUAGAUACAACUCUACCAGCAGAGUGUUCCUAGCUGGAGCAGAAUCAGCCACACAGGGGUAUGGCUUCCUGGAAGGUGCUGUCUGGGCUGGUAAGAGAGCAGCUGAGCAGGUGAUUGCAGUUGUUUCACAAGCAGCUGAUGACAGCCAUCCUGAGGAAAAGCAGAUUUAGAUAUGUCUUGCUCCUAAAACCUGCUGACAUAUAUAAGAAAUAUGCAUUUGGCUCUACUAUGAUGUGUAUCAAGCAUUAAUCUCUGAUGUUUAACUUUUAUGUUGAGAAAAAAUUCUAUCAAUGAUGAUUGAAUGGCAUUUUAGAUUGUGGUUUUAUUGAAAGCGUUGUAUUUGUAUGUUCUGAUUUAACGUCUGGACACGCUCAUUUCAUAUGUCGGUAUCUAAUAUAUAUACAAUAAAUGUAGUUAUCAUAGUUUGGGGUUUUCUGGGUUUGGAAAGAAUAAGACUGCUUACUUUUAUUAUACAGGUUAUAAGAAUGAGAUCUCUGCUCCCAUUCAUUGCUACAUUGAUUACCAAUUUGAGUUAACCAGUGAAACUUGCUCCCUUAGUAUGUACAUGUAUAAAGGAAAUAAAAGUUUUCUGGCUUAAAUUAUUAU